AUGGGUAGCUCAGGACAGACGUUGAAAUUGGCGGAUCAUCCUAAACUUCCAAAAGGGAAGACUAUUGCUGUGGUGGUUUUGGAUGGUUGGGGUGAGGCUAAACCCGAUCAAUAUAACUGUAUCCAUGUCGCCAAUACUCCUACCAUGGAUUCCUUCAAAACUACUGCCCCUGAGAAAUGGAGAUUGAUUAAGGCCCAUGGCUCUGCUGUUGGGCUUCCAAGUGAGGAUGACAUGGGAAACAGUGAAGUUGGUCACAACGCUCUUGGUGCUGGUCGCAUCUUUGCUCAGGGAGCGAAGCUUGUUGAUCUUGCUCUUGCCUCUGGGAAAAUCUACGACGGAGAGGGAUUCAAGUACAUUAAGGAAUGUUUUGACAAUGGUACCUUGCAUCUCAUUGGGUUAUUGAGUGAUGGUGGAGUUCACUCAAGGCUUGAUCAGUUGCAGUUGUUGCUGAAAGGUGCCAGUGAACAGGGUGCCAAAAGAAUCCGUGUUCACAUUCUCACUGAUGGCCGUGAUGUUUUAGAUGGGUCAAGUGUCGGCUUUGUGGAGACUCUUGAGAAGGAUUUGUCAAAUUUACGUGAGAAAGGUGUUGAUGCACAAAUUGCAUCUGGUGGGGGUCGCAUGUAUGUCACAAUGGACCGCUAUGAGAAUGAUUGGAAUGUGGUGAAACGAGGAUGGGAUGCCCAAGUCCUUGGUGAAGCCCCAUACAAGUUUAAAAGUGCUCUCGAAGCUGUCAAGAAACUGAGGGCAGAACCCAAUGCAAAUGACCAGUACUUGCCUCCUUUUGUCAUUGUUGAUGAGAGUGGAAAUCCUGUGGGACAGAUUAAGGAUGGUGAUGCUGUUGUCACAUUCAACUUCAGAGCAGAUCGCAUGGUUAUGCUCGCUAAGGCACUUGAAUAUGAGGAUUUUGACAAAUUUGAUCGGGUUCGAGUCCCUAAAAUCCGUUACGCUGGAAUGCUUCAAUACGAUGGCGAGUUGAAGCUUCCAAGCCAUUACCUUGUCUCUCCUCCUGAGAUAGAUAGAACAUCUGGUGAAUACUUGGUGCAUAAUGGCAUUCGCACCUUUGCUUGCAGUGAGACUGUUAAAUUUGGCCAUGUCACUUUCUUCUGGAAUGGAAAUCGUUCUGGUUAUUUCAAUGAAGAAUUGGAGGAAUAUGUGGAAAUUCCAAGUGAUAGUGGAAUUUCAUUCAAUGUCCAACCUAAGAUGAAGGCAAUAGAGAUUGCUGAAAAGGCAAGGGACGCCAUCCUUAGUGGGAAAUUUGACCAGGUUCGUGUCAAUCUACCAAAUAGUGACAUGGUGGGACAUACUGGAGACAUUGAGGCCACAGUCGUAGCAUGCAAGGUUGCUGAUGAGGCUGUCAAGAUGAUCAUUGAUGCAGUAGAGCAAGUUGGUGGAAUCUAUUUAAUUACUGCUGAUCAUGGCAAUGCUGAAGACAUGGUCAAGAGGGAUAAGUCUGGUAAACCCCUUUUGGAUAAAAGUGGCAAGCUCCAGAUACUCACUUCUCACACUCUUCAACCAGUGCCUAUUGCAAUUGGAGGCCCUGGAUUGAAAGCUGGUGUCAGGUUCCGCAAUGAUGUUCCCACUGGUGGACUUGCCAAUGUAGCUGCAACUGUGAUGAAUCUUCAUGGAUUUGAGGCUCCUAGCGACUAUGAGCCCACUCUCAUUGAAGUUAUCGAUAACUAG